AUGUCUCUCGCAUUCGAUGAACGUGGAAACCCAUUUAUUGUUAUUCGCGACCAGGGUACUAAGGAGCGCGUAAAAGGAAUUGAAGCUCUUCGUGCCAAUAUCCAAGCAGCCACAGCGAUUACUUCAGUUCUCAAGACAUCACUCGGCCCACGUGGUUUAGAUAAGAUGAUUGUCUCACCACAUGGUCAAAUCAAUGUUACAAACGAUGGUGCAACAAUUAUGGAAGAUAUGGAAGUCGAGCACCAAGUUGCAAAGCUUCUUGUCGACCUUUCGAAGUCCAUGGAUAACGAAAUCGGUGAUGGUACAACAUCUGUCGUUGUUCUCACUGGUUGCUUAUUAGAAUCAGCUCUUGGCCUUCUUGAUCGUGGUCUUCAUCCACUUCGUAUUGCUGAAGGCUUCGACCGCGCUUGUGACGUUGCUGUCAAGCGUAUCGAAGAGAUUGCUGAGACAUUAGAUUUCACACCAGAAAAUCACCACAAUCUUGAUGAAGUUUGCGCAACAACACUCAACUCAAAGAUCGUCAACCGCUACCGUGACCAGCUCGCCAAGAUGGCCGUAGAUGCCGUUCUUCGUGUUGCUGAUCUUGAACGCAAGGAUGUUAACUUAGAGCGUAUCAAAACAGUCUGCAAGGUCGGUGGCCGUCUCGAGGACACACAGCUUCUCAACGGUCUCGUCAUCGACAAGACAUGGUCUCAUUCCCAGAUGCCACGUGAUGUAGAGAACGCCAAGGUUGCAGUCCUUACAUGCCCAUUCGAACCACCGAAACCAAAGACAAAGUACGGAGUUACAAUCAAGUCAGCCGAAGAAUAUGAAGAACUUCAUAAGGCAGAACAGCAGUACUUCCUUGAUCAGAUCGAUCGCCUUAAGAAGGCUGGCGCUCGGGUUGUCAUGUGCCAGUGGGGCUUCGAUGAUGAAGCAAAUCAUCUUCUUUUCCAGAAUAAUCUUCCAGCCGUUCGCUGGGUUCUUGGCGGCGAUGUUGAGAAACUUGCUAUUACAACAGGCGCUAGAAUUGUUCAGCGUUUCGAGGACCUCGCUCCAGAGAAACUCGGUACAGCCAAAUUAUGCAAGGAACUUAGCUUCGGAACAUCAUUAGAGCACAUGCUUCUCAUAGAAGGUGUCGCUGAUGUUCCAUGCGUUACAUUCCUUAUCCGCGGCGGUAACAAGAUGAUGCUCGAUGAAGCAGAACGUUCCCUCCACGAUGCUCUUUGCGUUGCUCGCAAUCUUAUCCGCGAUAACCGCAUUGUUUUCGGUGGUGGCUCAUCAGAAAUCGCCGCUGCCAUCGCUGUUAGAAAUGCUGCUAACUCUAACAACACAAUUCACCAAUACGCAAUGAAGGCAUUUGCAGACGCACUCGAGGGAAUCCCACAGGCACUCGCAGGAAACUCUGGCCUCAACCCAAUCGAAACUGUCGAGAACGUUAAGAGACAACAGCUCGAAACUGGUGUAACUUCUCUCGGCAUUGACUGCGUAUUCGCUGGAACUAACGAUAUGAAGGUUCAGAAGGUCGUUGAGACAAUGCGCGGUAAGUGCUCACAGUUCCGUCUUGCUACACAGAUUGCUAAGAUGGUCCUUAAGAUAGACGAUGUUAUUGGCGAUAUUCCGAUCUAA